AUGCGCUCAAUAGCGCAGACAGCAGCGCUGGCAGCAGCCUUGUUCCACCUCACCGCCGCAGCGCUCACCUGCAAGACCCAUAGCCAGCCGAACCCAAUCGCAAAGCAGUAUCCAAAAGAUGUCACCGGCACCAUCAACGGCACCACGGCCAUCGUGCCCAUUCCAUACGACGUAGCCCGCAGCAUCAUUCCCUCGGAGUACGGCAUCCUCCGUGACGCCUACGAAAAGCUCAUGCCAGAUCUUCCCAAAGACAUGUACCCGGUCCACUACUCCGGACUGCUCGACCACGGUCUCGGGCUGGGCGACUUCAAAAUUCCCGACUUCCAGCGCAUGGUGUUGAAGUUUCCUUUUGUCGAUCGUCUCAACGACGGCUACUCUUGCUUCCAGUACUCCGCGCCACUGAUCCUCAGUUUCGACAACCUGAUCGCUCUCGCGGGAUCGAAAGCUUACGGUCCAACCUUUGCUGGCUCCUUCGAUCCGCCGUGCGAUGGAUACGCCGACGAUGGCCAGGGCGCUACAGUUCUGAGCGCAUAUGUCGUACCUCCGGGUCAGCAUCUUGGCUCUAAGCCGGCUUUCGAAGGCAGAUUCAAAGCUGCCUGCAGUAGUGUCCCAUACGACCAGAAAGUCUUCGUGAACAUCACGAACCAGCCCAUCUUCGGCAGCGGCAAGCCUGUGUGCGACAACUACAUCACACUGUACAACACCAGCGUGACGCAAGGCGAGUUCGCUCCGGUGGCCGUAGAAGGAACGGUCAAAGUCGGUCCGCCAUUCUAUCCCCAGGACGCAACACUUGAGGCAUUUGGCUACCGGAUGGACAACGCAUUCGUGGAGAGGAAUGAUGUUCCUUGCGAAAAGCUCAAAGGCUACGCGGGUACUGGUCCAGGCGACUCGGCGGGAGCGGAAACACAAUGA